AUGCCGUACAGCUUGUGGAUGACGGACAUUGUUUGCGCUGGAAUCCUGGCUGCGGACUUCUUGUUCCGUGGCAUCUACCUCUCGAGUCGCCGUCGGGACUACAUGCUGUCAUUCCCGGGACUUGUGACUCUCGCUGUGGUGCUUCCCGUGCUGCCAACGUCGUUCUUCCUCCAGUACCACACUUUCUGGUACGGCAUUUCAGACUGGCGAUUCCUGUACCCGAUGCGCUUCGUCACGUGCUACAUCGAGGCCAAGGCGGUGCUGAGUCGCUGCCACGGACUCAUGUCCCCCGUGCAGCAGUUCGCCAUGCUGUGCUACCUGCAGCUGACGAUUAUCAUCGCUGUCGCCGCGGGGGUUAUCCAGAUCGCGGAGACUGCAGACGAGAAGUACGCGGAUGGGAACUUGGGCGAGUGGACAUUCUUCAACUCGUUCUUCAACUCGGUGCUGGCCUUUGUGACGAUCCAGUCGCCGCCCGCCGACAAUCCGCUGGCUAAGGUCUGCGUGGGUGCCCUCGUGCUCGUCCUCAUCCUGGUGGUGCCGUACCAGGUUUCCCAGAUUCUGGCGCUUGGUAGCUCCUUCUCCCCGUACGAACUGGCAAGCCACACUCCGUCCCCGACCAGCAAGCACAUUAUCCUCUGUGGAGAUCUGACCCCGUCACGCAUCGACCAUUUCUUCCGAGAGGUCUUCCACGAUGAUCACGACCUGGUGGACAUCAACGUGGUGGUGCUGAGCGAGGAGGAGCCGGCCACGUCGCUCAUCUCGCUGCUCAUGGACCCGUUCUUCGAGAAGCGCGCGAGUUUCAUCCAAGGUUCACUCCUGGACGUCGAUGACGCUCAGCGAGCUGCCUGUGGGUCAGCCGACGCCAUCUUCAUUCUGGCUCGACGUGUCGCCGGAGAGACCCCCGCCAGUUGCGACCACCGAGCAUUGAUGCGAGUGCUAGCAGCUCGACGAGAGGCUCCAAAGGCUCGCGUGUUCGCACAGCUCCACUUGUCGGCGAACCGACACCUUGUCGCUGACUUGGGCGUGUCGAGUGUGCUCUGCUUCUCGGAGGUCAUGCACUCGCUGCUCGGUCAGAACUGCGUGUGUCCGGGCUUCUCGACGUUCAUGUACAGCCUCACGUCGACGUCCAGCUACGACUCCAGCAGCGACUACGACGAACCCCCGGCAGCGGACGCGUCGUGGGAAGACCGCUACUUGCACGGGUCCAGUCACGAGGUGUACUCUGUGGAGCUGCCUCCAGCUGCUGUUGUCUACGGUAAGACGUUCUCGGAGGUGGCUUCGUUGGCGUACGCCCAGUGCUCUGGAGUGAUCGUGUUUGCGAUCACCACAGCCGAGUCUUCAAAGGGGAACGGAGGCAAGCUGCUGCUAAACCCUGGAGAUUCCUACACGUGCGUCGGGGAGGAGACGGUGUUCGUGAUUGCCCAAGACCGACGCGAGGCCAGCGCCGUGACGGACAUGCAACCGAGUGACUCGAUGCCGGACGCUUGGACCGCUCAGCGCAGAGGCUCCAAGUCGAGGCAACUCUCUCGCGGUGCUAGUAGCAAGGCGAAGCGUCUCUCAAUGACUGGCAGCAGCAGCACUGGGAAUGAUACACCCAGCAGUCUGGGGGAUUCCGAGAUGUCUUCGCCCCACCGACGACAGUCGCGGUUUGUCAAUUGGCAGGCCGAAGCUGCGAGCCCCGCGUCGACGUUCAGUCAGGAGAACCGAGGCGCGUGGAAGCCCGAAGACGACGACGACGAUCCUCUGGCCAUCAAGACGAGCGGACUCUCUCCUACCAACACCAUCAGUGCCGAAGCAGCGGUCAUUCAAGACGUGGCAGCCUUGCACUUUGAGGUCGGCCACAUCGUUGUCUGUGUGCUGUCUCCUUCGUCGUUCCCGCACCACCUCGAGUACCUCAUCGGGCCACUACGCGUGCGUGCGCUGCGUCAACACCGUCCAGUGGUGAUUGUGACUGCGCCUCUGCCGGAAGUGGACGACUACGAGCACUUCUACCGCUUCCAAGGCAUCCACUUCAUCGUGGGGGACCCGUUCCGCCAAAGUACACUACGGAGAGCUGGCGUCCAGCGCGCCUUCCGCAUCGUGCUCAUGGGUGCGGAGGGCGAAGUGUCCGACACCGGCACGUCCGAGCUGCUCCAGGACGCGGCCUGUAUCGCGCUGCACAAGACCAUCACGACGUUCAUCGGCCCCACACAGGCGCCUCGCAUCAUCACGGAGCUCGUGAACCGGGCCAACGUGCACUUCAUCGCCCAGAACCUCUCGGUCAGCGGCUGGUUCCCGCUCGCGGAGUGUGACGCUGCGGCCGCGUCCACGUCGUCGCUGGAGUUGGCGCGCAACUUCGCCGUGUCACCCGCGUUCGCCGCCGGCCUCACGUACAGCACCUCGCUCUGUGACAGUCUGCUGAUCAACCAGUUCUUCAACGCGCGCAUCAAGAACAUCCUGCGCGAGUUCAUCUUCGCCUCGUGGACGGACGGAGGGGUGGGCACUCUACCCAGCACCCCCGCGACGGCUGGAGGUUUUGGAGAAGCGGUAGUGUCCCCAACGCUGUCGACCUCGUCGGCUAUGGGCGUGCAGCGCAGCUCCCUCUUCGCCGUGGAAGUGCCGAUGGACUUUGUGGGGAGAACGUUCGAGUUCGUCUUCCACUAUCUGCUCUCGUCGGACGGCAUCCUGGUCAUCGGACUCUACCGCUGCCGUCCGGACGCCAUGCUGCACUCGUCGUCGUCGGUCCGCUUGCUCACUGAAGGACGGUGGACGAACGAGACGAAACGUGACCCGAGAGCGCGCAUUGAAGUCCCCGAGAGGGACCGCAGCGUGCCCUUCGGCUACGUGUACGUGAACCCGCAGCCGCAUGAAGUGCUCACGGGCAACGACCUGCUCUACGUGCUGUCGGACAUUCAACCGUGCUGGGCCGAGGCCGACAAGGACUAG